AAUAAAAGGCAGGUAAAAUCAAAAACCAUUUAACGUGCUUGUAAAUUUUCAACGUUUUUAGAGCAGAAAAUAAUGGAGGAGUACUCAGUGGAACGCGUCGAGAAUAAGCGGACAGUGAACGGCCGCACGGAGUACUACCUAAAGUGGGAGGGCUAUCCGGACAGCGAGAACACGUGGGAACCGGCGGAGAACCUUGACUGCCCGCUUUUGAUAGCCAACUUCGAGGAGUCGCUGAAGAACCCAAAGAAGAAAGAGGCGAAGAAGCGCCUGUUCAGCGCCUCCUCCACACCCGUCAAACUGGAGGACGACACCGAGGAGCAGACUGCCUUCGAUCGUGGUCUGGAGCCAUCGAAGAUACUGGGCGCCAGCAACUCGACUGGCCAGUUGAUGUUCCUGAUGCAUUGGAAGGGCACCGAUCAGGCGGACAUGGUGCCCGCCCAGCUGGCCAACAUCCGGUGUCCCCAGGUGGUCAUAAAGUUCUACGAGGAGCGCCUCGUCUGGUACUCGGACAGUCCCGCCGGCAGCGUUAAACAGGAAAACAUCGCCAAGCCCGAGAAGUUGGAUGCCAACGAAUAGUUGCGGUUGGCUGGCUUCUGGAUUUAGUUAUAAACAAUCCUUACAAACAAUCACGACAUGUAUAAAUAUUUGGUAGCUUAGCUUUUAAGCUAUACGAUCGAUUAACUGAAGUUCAUUCAUACUUUACAUAUACUUUACAUAAUUUCGAAUCCCUUGCUGACCUGUGUUAAUUAUACCCAUAAACACAUC